UUGUGUAUUAAAACGUAUAACAGCGCGACGGUGUGUUGUGUGAUAGCGCGACGGCGUGUUGUGUGAUAGCGCGUUUUAGCUAAGUACUACGCGUUUGCACAUGGCCCUAUCCGAACACCAUGCCUUUUAGUUUUUUCUUUUUAUUGCUAUCGGAAAAUCUGGGUCCCUCUUAAUCAUUUCAUAGAGAGUGGUUCCUUGUCGAUUUGUAAUAUUUCAUAUAAUUUUCCCGACUCUUCCUCAGCGACUAUUGCUCAAGGGAUAAGUAAGAGGGGAAUGGCGGGGACUUUAGGAAAUUAGUCUAACUAUGAAUUAACAUUUCCAUUCUAACGACGGAAUAAUAAAUUAUGCAACCCCCCCCCCCCCAAAUAAAUAAUGAAAUAAAAUAAUUAGCUAUGACCCCCUUCUUAUUUGUUUAUAUUUUUAUGUAGUAUAGACAACCUUACAUUGGAUUUAAAAUGCAUUGCGUACAACUUCAUGUGUUCAAGAAACACCAAUCCGCAAUCCCUAAUAAAAUGAUUUGUAAUUAUUAAACAAGGAAGUUGUAUUUCUAAUAAACAAAAGAGGAUGACAAAAUUAAGUGCAAAGUUUACACAUCAGUAUCACUUUAUUGAGCACUUUCCUCAAGUACCUGAGUCUAAAACUCCCGGAAACGUCCGCUUCGAGUGCACCAAACAUGUAGAAAGCUAUCAUGAAUUCUAUAGUAUCCGUAUCCUGAACAUUAAAGAUUAAACAAUCGAGAUAAACUAAUUCUUCAGUGAUGUUUGCUAGGUCGGAAAGGGAAAAAAAUUUAUCAUCACCAUACGACUUUAAAUUACUUCAGUAUUUGUAUGUUGUGCUUUGUGUAUAGGUCACCCAAAGAUUUUGAGCGCCGGUAAUGUGAACCCACUUUCUGGAAACUUGUCCUCUUUAAAAAGGUAAACAAUUUUGAAUCUUUAUUUUUAGAUUUUCAUUAGAACACAUUCUUACAAUAGCCACAGAGCAGUUAGGAUGAAUAAUUGUUUUAUGUCAUGUUUACCUAUUCUAAACUCGACCAGCCUCGUGAACGAAGUGUUAGGAGUGUGUCGGGUAAGUUUUUGUAAAUUGUACUUCCCGAAAACUAUUGAUACAAAAAAAAAAAAAAAAAAUACAUCGAUAAUAAUAAAUAAAUAAAUAAUAUAAUAUAGGCUUGAUAUCAAAGUUCUGGAAAAAAAUUCAAGCACAUUAAUUUUAAACGAGAGAGAGAGAAGGGGGGGGGGUCUAAUAUUAAGAUAAACUGUUCGGGUUUACAACGCCCUCAUCACGAAAUCCGAACAUUUAUGAGAUAUCCUUCUGGCAUGGGUGUUCAAGGGUUUAUAACAUAUGAAUACACAUCUAAUACAUAGCCUACCAAAAGAGAAUAUAGAAUUUUAAACAAUCUAAUAAAAAUCAGAUCCUAGUAUACGUUCACAAUCGCUACAACACGUAGAGUAUACGGCGCGGAUUUAAGAAUUUAUUUUAAACCCCUUUGCUCUGUGGCGUAUGGCCUAUGCCAAUAUUAGCCAAUAAUUUAAAAAAAAUCAAUAACAAUAUUAUUUAGCAUUAUCGAUUUCUAUUUAUAUGCCGUGACUGAAAAUCAUAGUAUUCACGUGCAGAAAACCAGGUCUUUGUCAAGUACCUCUCAAAACCCCAAUUCCGGAAAGUCGUAUCAUACUUUCUUUACUUUUUAUAUGUGUAGUGCCACUUCCACAACAUGUAAACAGGAAAUGUUGAACAAAUGUUUUUCGUUAUCUUGUUCCUUCUUGAAAUGGGACAGGGUGACACUGUAUACAGAGGGAAUUAUUGGACAAUUGGUGUCAAGAAUGGUAGUGAAAAUGUUCCCAGCUGUUUGACAGACUGAUUGUAUCCAUGAGGUCAUACAUGAGGUCAUUGCCAGCUGUGAAUCAGUAGUAAAAUAGCCAUGGAUUCUGUCUUCAGUGUUUUGGUAACAUCACUUCUUUUCACAACAGCUCCAGUAUGGACAUGUCUCUUUAAAAACAGAUGUUGCCAGUGUGGAAACAUGACUCCUCGAGAUCCGUACAUCCUCCUCCACUCAGAGCUGGUUCUAAACUGUACAAUUAACGCUUCAUCUCCUCACGACUCCUCCAGCUUGUAUUUUUUACUAAAACCCAAGAAUCUGUCCAUUUUGGAGAGGAAAAUCUCUGAAAAAGUCACCAUUGUAAACAACAGAACCAUAUCAUUCAGGAAGACAAUGACAUCCUUAGAAGAAGCGGGGACAUAUUACUGCAAGAUUAAAGGAGUUGAGGGUUCCAUGAGUAUUGUAGAUAGACAGGUGGUGGAACUGGAGUAUCCUCUACGAAAUGUGACAAACUUCCAUUGUGAAAUUUACGAUUGGGACGUCAACAAGACCUGUACGUGGGAUCUGGGGCCCUAUGUCAAUCCGAACAACAUCAAUGUGACACUGUAUGGGAAAAACGGCUUGCACGGUGUCAUCCAUCAAUGCCCUGUGCAGGGCCUUACUCGCUGUGUCUGGCCAAACCCGUCCCAGAGUAAUGGUAGAAUCGUAGUCAAUGGAGGAGCUUCCUGGAGCUACGUAGUCAGGGUGAAAAACCUUCAUAGCCAUGAGACAAUAUUUAGCAAUGUUUUCGCCAUCCAAUGUUUGAAUGCUAUAGUGAGACCCGCUCCUGUGAAACAUGUGCAUGUACACAACACAACUGACAAAGGCUGUGUGAACGUAAUGUGGGAAUACAACCGACCAAACCGGGAACAAGCUGUGGAAGUAAAAUACUACAAAUACCGGACAGAGAGUGCCAUAAAAAAGGCGAUGAUACUGAAGAACAGCAUUGUCAAUACCACGAUAUGCAACCUGACUGCCUACUCAGAGUAUAUGUUUGAGGUUCGCAUUAAGCCACAGAAUUUUCAAGGAAACAUCACUGGAUAUUGGAGCAAACCAACAAAACACCUGUAUAAAACCACUGGUGACAUUCCUGGUGCUGCUCCUGUACUGACCAUGGGAAGUUACCUUGGUUACCAUGAGCUGUGUGUCAGUGAUAUGGAUGUCCGGACAGUUGUAGUCUAUUGGAAGUCAAUAACCAACAUGGAAUCCAACGGUAAUGACACUUAUUAUGAAGUCCACUACCGUCAGAUCGGAGACUCGCAGACAGAGAAGAAAGAGGUCAAGCAAAGCAUAAUGAAGACAGGCUUAGAUCUGAAGUGUAGGAAGAGCUACCACAUCAAAGUGUUUGCGAGCAAUGAGUAUGGUCUGUCAUCAAUGUUUGGCUCCAUUAUCGUGCCACCCAAUGGAACUGUGGAGGUGCCUGACAAUAUUCUGGUAGAAACCGAUAACAGACUGGUGAAUGUCUCCUGGGACUACAACCCGCAUAAGAAUGUCAGCUUUACCAUUUACUGGUGUAGCAAAAGAGGAUUGAGAAAGGAAGUUAACUGGGAGGUUGCAGGGUUUGAGAAGCGUUUUCUGUUGUUCAAUGCCAGUGACUUUGACGAGAUACGUGACCUCAAGUUUGGGGUAUCAGCUGACUCCCCGACAGACAACAUCAGCAGUGGGUUUGAAUGGAUUACUUGUGUGUACAGAAGCAAUGAAGCACCUGCAGCUCCGAGGAAAGUUUCCAUUUUAUCUAACGAAGAUGGCUUUGUCAUCAACUGGAUUCCUCCGACUUGUGAUGAGUUAACCUCCAAGCCAGUGUCCUAUCAGCUCUCCUGGUGUCAUGCAGAGGAGAAGUCGCACCAUUGUGAAGGUCAAGUGAAGACCAGGUUCAUCCAGGCCCACGAUUCUGUGGAUUAUGUCCAUUCGUUGUCUGAGAGUGACGUUGAGAUGUAUAAAUGGUAUGGAAUCAUCAUCAGGUCCAUUUCUAGUAAUGGAAAGAUGUCUGCUCCAACAGAUAUGUUUCAUGGCCGGCCUGUCAGGAGCUAUAUGAUAACUGAGGAGAUCGUGGGUGUUGUGGUAGCCUCUGUCAUUGGUCUGUUGUUCUUUGCUGCUGGUGUCAUGUUUAUCAUCAAACAUUGUUAUCAUGCUGUGAAGAGCGCUGUAAAACUAGAUCCUAUCCACCUACCCACUGUUCAGACAACUAACACUUCAGGGAGUGGUGUAAUGUCUGCUUAUAAAGAGAAUUAUGCCGAAACCGAAACUCAAGAACCCAUUCGGAUCCCCCAACCAACCUCACCUCUUAUAAGACAGAAUGGCAUCCCCUUCCAUUUCCAGUACAGCAUGGACAGUGGUAGAGGCAGUCUGCCGGUGGAGGACUUCCUGGAUCAUGACAUUAAGCACCAUCCACUUCCAGAGUCUGUUAGCAGGGUGCAGAAACCGGCUCCUUUUAUUCAACCCCGACCUGAAAGCUGCUCAAAUGUUGAAGCAGAAGGUGACUGCUUAAGAACCAGCAGUUUGGCAGGCAGUGUGGACUGGGGAUCUUCUCCCAUUAACUACAGAGCUAUUUGUCAGGCUUUGGAAUCAGAUUCUUCAUCUGAUGAAACCAGUAGUGUUGCCAGUGAGAUCCAGGAGGAUGAAAUUAAACCCUAUGUUAAAGCUGCUACCCACAGUUCCUUGGACAAUAUGGCCACACUGCCUGAUUAUAUAAACGAUUGUGUGAAAUCAGGAAGACCUGAUGGGGAAAAGCAUGUGAAAUGUUGUUCAACUUCGAGAAAUUUACUAACACAUUCCUCCAUUAAUGUAACAAAUCAUAACCACUGUAUCAGUCAAAUGGAGGAGACAGGCUCUAACAAUAACUCCAAGGUACCUUUCAAAUCAAGCAGUAUCCACUCUAACCCUGUUUAUGAUCAAAACAACCUUGCCUCCAGUGGCAUGACGAAGCUGCCUGCUCUUGAAGUAUGUAACAUUCUAAUAUCUGUUGAAAGCUGCUCAUUGGAUAAGAGGUUAAGCGCGGACGAGGUGGACAAUACGUCUGUGGAUUCUGGCGAUUCUUCGAACUCUCAGACUUCGCUUCACAUGGAUUCGGGAAGUGUUUCAGCUUCCAGUGGUAAUAUAAUGGCUAGCUCAGACUAUUUGCCUAUUGAUUCAGUUCAAUGUGGCUCCUCAUGUUUUUCAUUAUAUGAUAGCAGCACUUAUGUUUCAUGAUUUGAAAUAUUGUUAGAAUAAGUAUCAUGAAACGAUAUAGUGCAAAUGUAAAAUGAAUUGUUAUUGUUUGUGAAAUGAGGUCUAAUGAUGAUUGCAUGAUUUCUUUUGUGUAGUACAAUGAAUUAAAAGAUUAAGCUUUAGUUGUUACAUGCCUAUGAUAAACCUAGAUUUACAAUGGUUUGCCUUGCCUGGGUGUCUGUGCUGUGUUUCUCACAGUUUAACACAGAAAAUGACAUAUCUACAAAUUUUAAUUUUUUUUUUUUUUUUUGCAUGGUGGUGUAUAUUGUGGAUCAAGAAAUAUCAUUAUAUUUUUGUUGACUGAUAUUAGGGUGAGUCUCAACCCCUGGACAUAAUCUACGAGAAUUUUUCAAGUUUCCUGCGUUUGUUUUGACCAUGUCCAGGGUAAACAUACAUCAUACCUGUAAUGUGAAUCAAUAAACUAACUACAUUUCAAUUUUCAUAUUUGUCAACUGAAUUUCAGCAGAGUAAUGGCCCUUAAACAUAAUAUAGCACAUUUUUGUACCAAACAUGUGGAUACCAUGCUGGAUAUUUACCAAUACGUGUAGACUAAUGAAGUUCAUGCAGAGUUAUGACCAUUGGACACUGGUACGUUUUCCAGGGUUGUUUUUUUCAUAAUUCGCAAGGCAUGGUUCUAUUUUGUAACAGGCAUGAUUUUGUACCGUUGACAGUACUAGCGCUGUUAUUAGAUGUUGAUAUUAUCUUGCUGUAAUGUCAUAUUUCUGUUUAUUAAACUGAUGUAAAUUGUUUUAUUUUAGACACAAAUAAUUUUACUGUGGUAGUGAAGAAUUACAUGCAAGUCUGUUACUUUUCAUAUCGCAAUGGGGAUUUCUCCAUUCUUACAGCACCAAAUAGUCUAGUCAUCAUUUCAUUGUCAUAAAAAUCAUUGCAGAGUCAGUUGAUGUGGGUUUUUUUUUUUAAAUUGUAAGAAUUUUCAGUUUCAUUUAUAUUACUUGUACAUGACCUAUUUUUCUAUGACUGUCCACUGCCUCGAUAUUGUUGAUGUCAUUUGUCACAAGUCCAAAAGAGCUGCAAUCUCUUUUGGAAUUUUUAUAAUCAGGAUGUUACUUCUAGUCAAACAAUAGAGCUUUAGGUAACAAGCAGUAAUGUGAUCUACAUAGUGUAUAUACAUGUAAUUGUCAAUUAUGGGAUCUCUGCUACUGAAGAAAUCAAGUUUUGAGGGUCAUUUUUUUUCCUGACCAUUUGGCAAAGUAUGAAUAUUUAUGCACUGUAUUUUGAUCGAUGGAUGAAAAUUUACAAGAUGAAUUAAAAAUGAUUUUGUUGAACUUUGAAAUAAAAACAGUAUUGUUAAUAAUUGCUUUAUAAAAGCAACUAAAAUUGCUUUUUAAAAAAAAAAAAAAAAUUCUAUUUAUAUAUAUAUUACAAAGUGAAAUGUAAAUAGAAAAGAUACAUUGUGUCUGGCUUUCUACAUUCCUGAAAUUUUACAUGUCAGAUUUUAAUACUCAAAACUGUUUCCACGACAAAAAGUCAACCAUCUGUUGCCAUGCUUUUCUUUAGUUAUGCAUUCCAUGUGCUAUAUUUUCUAUUGAAAAUAUUGAUCGGUUUUUAUUAACUACCUCGGUAACCAUAUCACACAUUCCUUGUCGUUUCAUGUCCUUGGAAUUUUUUGUGUACUUCGUUCUAUCAUUACUCGUUUCAUAUUUCUGGGAAUGGGGUAGAAAUUUAAAUUAUUUUCAAUAAUUUACAUAUACCUGGUAAGUAUUUUUAGUCAAUAUUCUCUCAAUCCGCUCUGUUCCAGAAUUUUUUUUAAUUUGAUAUGCUACGUGCAAAAUAUGCAUUUGUAGAUCUGAAAAUUUUGAGCUUUAAUAAUUUUGAAAAACGUGUACAUGUAAUAUAUAGAAUAUUUCACUGAUAACACAAAAAUAUAUGAAGUUCUAUGUGUAUAACACAACAUAUUGUCCAUAUUCUAGUCACAACGAUCUCUUAUACAAUAUUAAUGAGAGCAGCAUAUUUCUUGCCCCUGAUUUAUAACGAUUAAGGUAGAUAACAACGUCCACUGUAGUUGAAGUUUUUAGCUCACCCGAGUCGUAGGCUCAAAGGAGCUUUUUUGAUUAAUUUUUGUCCAUUGUGUGCCCAGUUUGUCUGUAAUCAUCACUGUUAAUUUCUUGCAUUAAAUUUUUUGACUUCUCCUCAAGAAUCAAUUUUAACCAAAUUUGGCACACAGCAACCUUUGGUAGAUUGAUUGAUUGAAUAUUGUUUUACGUUCCUCUCGAGAAUAUUUCACUCAUAUGGAGACGUCACCACUGCCGGUGAAGGGCUGCAAAAUUUAGGCCUAUGAUCGGGGCUUAUCCCCAUGUAGUGUAUAAUCAAGUUGUUUAUGCCAUAAUUCCUAGGAUAAUCUUCUAAAAUAUUCUCAAGAACCAUAAUAGUAAAUUUAGUGGCAGUCAAAUAUAUAUGCAAGUAGUGUAUAGAUUCAAGUCUGUUCAUAUUAUAUAUUAAUUAUAAUUCCUAGGGUGAACCCACAGUGGCGGUCCAGGGUACUUAAUGGGAAUAUAAAUGGAAAUAUUUCCCCUAAAAAUCUUCAAUGCUGUAAUUUGUCACAGUGAUAUACAUGUAUUUUUAAGUAGUGUAGAUUCAAAUUUGUUCAAAUCAUGGCACCCAAUACUGAAAUUUUAAGCAUUUAGGGAAAGAUCAUUCAAAAUCUUCUUUUUGAAAAGAACAAUGCUACAAUUUGACUAAAGAUGUGCAUACAUCUUCCUCUAUUGCAGAGUGUCCUUCGUCCCACUCAAGCAUGCCAAUGUUGGGGCUGCUAUAUGAGGGCAGUAAUGUUUCACUUAGAAAUUAUCAAAUAUCAUCUCAUGAAAAACAAAGCUAUAAAAUUUUGGUAAAAUAAAAUUCAAACUUCUUGCUGGACCAGUGUUCCAAACUUAUCUCACCAUAUGAACACGAUGACUCGGGUGAGCAUUGUAGUCUAUUGGUGCCAUGAUACUUUAUAUAUGUUAUGCACAAGAAUUAACUGAAAUCUUUGAAGCUCUAGACAGCCUCAUACCGUGGGAUGGGGAAUCUAAUGUUUCACAAACACAUCAAAUUUAAUAAUACAUUUGAUUAUGACCACUGCACAGUCUAAUUAAAAUUAAAUGUUAAAUCCACUUGUAUACUUGCAUCAAACAUCUAAUUUUAAUUACUAGAUUGAUGACUGCAGUACUGAGAAAGGCCCCCAGCUCGCCCUGUGUAACAAUAGUACAUUCAGCCAGUUUGACACAUAAAUGAUGAUCAGUCUUUUGUAUACAUGUAAAUUGGCUCAAACAAAUAAAUACAUAUCAUUUUUGUUUAAACACAGGCUCAAAUUACACUGCUCAAAUUAAUUUUCUUGGACUGGAAAUCUCGGUGAUGGUGGGUUUUCCCCCAAUUUCUUUGUGUAUACAAGUCAUGACACAAGAACUGUACAUAUAUCAGAUGUUUAGAAUUUUUGUAUCUAUGUUAGAAGAUCAAAUAAAUAAAUGUCAAAAUCA